UAAAACCUCACUUUUAAACCAAAUUUCCCUCGGCCUUCGGCGCUGGCGGGGCCAUUUUCACAUUGCGUGUCGGUCAUUUUCACGUCAAAAACCUUCUUCCCUUCGCUAAAUUCCCUCUCCAAAUCACAUUCUCUUUGAAUCUUUCCGUUUCCAUAUCAAUUUCCGAACUCAUAUCGCCGCUGAUCUGAUUUCAUCUCUGUGUUUAGUUAUGUCGUACGAUUACCUCUUCAAGUACAUCAUCAUCGGCGAUACGGGUGUUGGGAAAUCUUGCUUGUUGUUGCAAUUCACGGACAAGAGGUUUCAGCCUGUGCACGAUCUAACUAUUGGCGUUGAGUUUGGUGCUCGUAUGGUCACCAUCGAUGGCCGACCUGUUAAGCUUCAGAUAUGGGAUACUGCUGGGCAAGAAUCAUUCAGAUCAAUCACAAGAUCUUACUACAGAGGAGCAGCUGGUGCUCUCUUAGUUUAUGACAUUACCAGGAGGGAGACAUUCAAUCACUUGGCAAGCUGGUUGGAGGACGCUCGGCAACAUGCAAAUCCCAACAUGUCAAUUAUGCUUGUAGGGAACAAGGCUGAUCUCGCUCAUCGAAGAGCUGUAAGCAAGGAAGAGGGAGAACAAUUUGCAAAAGAAAAUGGGCUCUUAUUCUUAGAGGCAUCUGCUAGAACGGCUCAAAAUGUUGAGGAGGCAUUCAUAAAGACUGCAGCUAAAAUACUUCAAAAUAUUCAAGAAGGUGUCUUUGAUGUAUCCAAUGAGUCGUCUGGGAUCAAGGUCGGUUACGGGCGCCCUCAAGGGCCAUCGGGGGCAAGGGAUGGAGCAGUUGCACAGAGAGGUGGAUGCUGUAGCUAAUUGUGAACCAAAGAAGUAGUAGUAUUGUAUAUGAUGAAGAAGUGAACCCUUUUGUGCAAGUCGUUUUACUCUUUGUGCAAACUGCCAUGAUUAAGUUUCUUCUUUGUUGUGUAUCCCUUUUAAAAAAACAUUGAAUGUACAGUGCCUCAGAACCCUUACUUGGCAAAACUAUUACUUUGCUGACUCUCAAAGCAAUUGCUUGACAAUAUUUUGCUCUGAUUCUGUA